UUUCCUUUCGCUCGUCAGUCACAAUAAGCAAGGGGUCGCAAACGUUUGCGCUCUAUUAUUAGCCUCUAUGCCCUCUAUGCCAGUCUCGUACCCACCCUCUAUACCAAUGAUUCAUGAAGAGGCUUCUUUCCUUCACACCCAAAUCCGAUGACCCCCCGAUCAAACGCUCAUAUGAUCUGAUUCGGACAUGCAGAAUGCCUUUACUUUCACCUUUCGACGCGCGAUUUACGUCUAACAUCGCGUACUGUUUUGAUAGUGGGAAUUCUCAGCGGUGGAAAGUUCAUAAAUAAUACCGCCUGGGACGUCCCCUUCAUCUUGACUUUCCCGUUGCUUCACUGGUCUGACUCUCUUACAUUUUCCCUCUGAAACCACCUCCAAUUACGCGCGAUCCGCUCAAAGUGAGUUCUCGACGUUAACUCCUAAUACCGCAAGUUUAACGAGGCAAUGCUUUGCAGCUUUAUGAUGUUUCGUUUAGCAAGACUCGGACUUUCCGGAACUGCCCGGCGCUUCACCACAGUCGCUUCUGACCGUGCAGCAGGACUGCAGUAUAACGGCACCACGUACCCAUUCAGGUGGCUUCGCGAUUCGUGCCAAUGUCCACAAUGUGUGCAUCCGUCUAACAAGCAGAAGCUACAUCGCACUUCUGAUAUUGGCGCGGACAUAAGCCCCGCUCCCAAUGGUGUAGAAGUUCGCAAUGAUGGGGUGCAGAUCAAAUGGGCGUCGGGACACAGUUCAUUCUACUCCAGUGAUCUUCUUCAUAACCAUGCUUCUCCACAAAACUUGCAUAAAUUCCAUCAAGAUGUCGAUCCGGUCGCCUGGGACGGGAAACGCAUUCGCUCUUCGAAAACACUUUUCAUACCGUACGAGGAGAUGAAGACGAAGGCGGGUAUGCUGAAGGCUUUCGAGCAAUUAGUUCGCUACGGAUUGCUUCUGGUCACUGGGGUUCCCAACGCGGAGACGUCGAAUGAGACCUGCGAGACUCGCGCUCUGGUUGAGAAGUUCGGCGAGGUUCGUAAAACCUUCUAUGGCGACCUCUGGGACGUGCAGAACGUUCGCAAUAGCACGAAUAUCGCUUAUACCAAUCUCGAUCUUGGCUUUCAUAUUGACUUGGAGUAUUUCCACCACCCUCCGCGAUAUCAGUUCCUCCAUUGUCUGCGCAACAGAGUGAAAGGAGGCGUUUCUCUCUUCGUCGACGGACUCUAUGCUGCUGAAGAACUACGAAAGACCCACCCAGCGGAUUUUGAUGUGUUGACCAAAACGCCGGUCACUUUCCACUAUAUCAAUAAUGGACACCACUUGCACAACGCGCAUCCUACCAUCGAGCUGGCACCUUUCUCUAUGAACGUAGACGAACCCAAGCCUAUACGCCAUAUCAAUUAUGCCCCACCCUUCCAAGCGCCACUUCCAUUGUCGACUCCACCAGAGUUUUACUCUGCUCUCGAGCGUUUUUCUUCUCUUCUCGAGAGACCCUCCGUUCGGUAUGAGUACACUCUUCGGGAGGGUGAUGCGGUGGUAUUCGACAAUCGUCGCGUCCUCCAUGCAAGGACUGCUUUCACGGACGCUGCUAGUGAGGAUGAAGAGGUCAAUCGGUGGUUGAAGGGUUGUUACAUUGAUGGAGAUAGGGUUUUGGAUCGUCUGCGAGUCCUCAGAUCUACACAGUGAAAAUAAUAAAUAGCAAUCAUGACAUCCGUUGACGGACGUUGGGCGACAUGUAAUAUCAAAUGUUCCAAAUGCACAUGGGUCACUAGGCUACCCUCUUUGUGGCUAG